UCCCGGUGGCGGAGUCCUCAGAAGAACGAAACGCUCGGGCCCCGAAACGUCGCAGAACAUUCUCACCCAAGUGUCGUCGCGCGCGAACACCCCCUCCUUUUUUUUAAUUUUUUUCCACCCUCUGAGUGAGUGAGUGAGUGAGCUAAGCACGCUGGUGGUAUCCAUUCUGGACAGGAAGCGGGAUAUGAGCUACACCGAACCGCUGUGGGAGAUCAAUGGAAAUCAAGCACCAGUAAUCGCGGCGGAGAUGUCGCAGUACGUCGGCGGUGAGAUCGCCAGCUACCCAAUGUGGGACAGUUCUGUUUUGUAUCAGACGCAGCCGCCUGCUCAUCCGCACGUGAACGAGCACGGAUUAUACAGGCAACCCUGCGCGUUGUUGCACCAGAGUCGUUACACGCCAAACGGCCGUUCCCCGAAUUUACCGUCGUCGACUACAAAGAAACCGAGACGUCGAGUGGCGACGGUAUCUCAGAGGAGAGCCGCGAAUAUCCGGGAGAGACGCAGGAUGUUCAAUCUGAAUGAAGCCUUCGACAAACUCCGCAGGAAAGUACCGACGUUCGCCUAUGAGAAACGACUGUCGAGAAUAGAAACGCUGCGUCUAGCGAUCACGUACAUCGCCUUCAUGGGAGAAUUACUCGGUAUCGAGCCAAGUAGUCCGAAACCGGAAUACAUACCGCGAGAGUACUACUUGCCGAACUGAAUAUUUUCCUCUCUUUUUCCACGAUUAAUAAGGCGCUCACGAGCCGAUGAGGGGAACCGAUAUUCUAUCGAAAAACUUCUAAACUCUCUCGGCGAAACCAGUCUUCCAUUAUUGAUUAGUAUUAGUCUCGAAGUGUAAUUUAACGCACGUCUGUAUGUAACACUUGUACGUUCUUCCACAAACCUACUCGAUUCUUUUCUUCUCUCUGGUUUUCUUUCUGGUUUAAUUUUUUCGAUACCAUCACUUUUUGACGUGAUUAAAAAAUUAUUAUGUACGAAAGAAAUGUGAAAAUACCUAGUACAUUAAAAUUCUAAUGGAUAUUUCGAGCAUUCCUCGAAAAAAACUUGUUCUAGUAUCGAAAGGAUUAAAAUUUCUAUCAAUCAAACCUUUUUCCUUAUUGCGCAGACAAUAAUCCUACCAUGCUUUAUCGUUUCGAUUAUUGCGAGUCUCGUGCGAUUAAAGGGGAUGAUUGCAAUAUAUUAAGGAAUAAAAUUAAACUUCCCUAUAUCUUCUACUCUAAUUCGUAAAUACGCGCUGUACAUUAUAAGAUGGCGUUGGAUUGCAGCGAAAUAAAUAAAGCUACAUUUAUGAUUUUGAGCUUCAAUGUUGAAAAAGUUAAUCGGCAAACGACCGAAAUCACGGAAAUAUCGGAAACGGAAAAUUAAGAAAUUAUACUUUUUAUGAUUAUAAUGGGAAUUCUCGAGACUCAAAGUUAUCUUUGUUAAUGCAAUGCAACUCCAUCUUACACCACUGUGUGUCAUUUUCUGAUUUUAAUAUGAUUGCUAAAGAUAUAUUAUAUAUGUCGCUGAUUACUAAAAUUGCAAAAAUAAAU